CAAGUCAUGUCCCCGUCACUGAUGGGCAGAGCAUCAGAUGCGUCCACCCCUCAUGUCGGAUGUCCGAAGAGGGGACGGAGGAAACUGGUGUUUGCAUCCACAUGGCUUCCUAGAGGAGGAGGAGGAGGAAGAGGAGGAGGAGGGUGCGCACCGUUAACUCCUGCAGGAGCGGAGAAGCACGGAUUGAACGCGGGAGCUCAAACUAUCAACCCGCUUUAACCGCGACAGGAAGGCGGAGGAUUUCAGUACAGAGGAGACAUAUUGAGGCUCCAGAGCCCCAGGAGGGGGGUUGUAAAUGCUCCGACAGACGACGAGCUGCGGCUCAAUGAGGUGGCGAUAAUAAACCACUAACAGGUCCCCCUGGUGGUGUGGAGGAAUGAGGGCCUCUGGAUGAAGGCCAUGGAGCUGAAAGUCUGGGUGGACGGAGUACAGCGCAUCGUGUGCGGCGUCACAGAGUUCACCACCUGCCAGGAAGUGGUCAUCGCUUUGGCACAAGCGAUUGGACGAACUGGCAGAUACACUUUGAUCGAGAAAUGGCGAGACACCGAGCGCCACCUGGCCCCGCAUGAGAACCCCGUGGUGUCCCUCAACAAGUGGGGUCAGUAUGCCAGCGACGUGCAGCUCAUCCUCCAGCGGACCGGCCCCUCCAUCAGCGAGCGGCCCACCUCUGACGGGCUGGCUCGGGUCCCGGAGCGGGGCCUCUACCGGCAGAGCCUCCCGCCUCUGGCCAAGCUUCGGCCUUCGGGGACGGACCGCUCGCUCAGACGCAGGGAACCCAAACGCAAGUCUCUGACCUUCACCGGCGGAGCCAGGGGCCUGCGGGAAAUAUUCGGAAGAAGCAAAGACGCCGAAGCCAAACAGCCUCAGCAGCGCGGCGUUAGUCUGAACCUGAGCAGAGUCGGAGGCGUUGGACCGGCGUCCGCGCCUGGGAGUCCGGCCAGGGAGCUCAGCCGGCUGGUGCAGCUGCAGAGAGACAAACUGCAGGCCCUGGAGAGCCGUCUGCUGGGCUGCGAGGCCGAGCUGCGAGACUGGGAGGAGGCCAGAGACCAGGAAGGAAACCUGGAGGACGAGCUGCUGGUCCUGGAGCAGCAGGUGAGGAGGAACAACGCUGAGAUGGAGGAGGAGGAGUUCUGGCAGAACGAGCUGCACAUCGAGCAGGAGAGCGAGCGGCAGCUGCGGCGGCAGCUCGCCGAGCUGCAGGGCCGCGUGCGCAACUGCGAAGCCAAGCUUUCAGAGUACUUAACGCGCAUUCAGAGUAUGGAGACGGGCUUGGAGCAGGAGCGACUGCAGCAGGAGGCUGAACUCAAUCUGAAGGUCAAGGAGGAGGAGGUGCAGGUCCAGCUGGAGAAAGUGAGGGCAGAGCUGGAAGCGCAGAGCCAACAAACGGCGCGGCUGGAAAGCAGCUGCAAGGCGUUGGAGCGAUCGCUCUGCCAGUCGGGUAAAAGUCUCCAGGAGAAAGAGCAGGAGCUCGAGCAGCUGACGAAGGAGCUGCGGCAGGUCAACCUGCAGCAGUUCAUCCAGCAGACCGGCACCAAGGUCACGGUGCUGCCUGCUCAGCCUACAGAGGAGAACAACAAUGAAAUGGAGUGUGGCUCUCUGAAACGACUUGGCUCCUCGCGACUAUUACCCAGCGACCUCCGUGCUCUGCAGAGCAGGGUCUCCUCCAACCUAAACCCAGAAGGCAUCUAUGUUUGACUCCGCGCUGCUGACGCGCACCGCUGGGUGGCCUAAUAUGUUUCUGCAGCUAGGUAUUAACACGGGACAUCUGAGAAUCCUCUUCAGAAAGAACUCCUACACCUCCAUCUUACCGGCACUGGGACAUAAACUGAUGUCAUUUUUGCUGUCUGCGCUCUCAGGCUCGAGUUAGUUUUCCUCCUGAGGUUAAGAAACCAAACAGCUAUAAACCAGCAAAACUUUACUUUUUUGCAUUUGGACGCUUGAGGCGAAUGCUUCAGACUUACUGUAAAUGAAAAGAGAAUUUCAGGAGUUUCGAAUUAGGUAAGAGUAAAUGCAUGAGCAUGCACGAACACAUCUGUUCUAUAACGUUAGCCAUAUCUGAUUGCCUUACUCUGGAUUAAAAAAAAAAAAAAAAACCAGACAGGGAGAAAAAUUAACUUAAAGCAGAACUCAAGGUAGCUUUUGAACGCCAUAACAAAUAUAUAUGUUAAGCAGCAUUUCAGGAGACUGCUGGGCAUAUCUGAUGUCAGUGUACUUUAAAAUUUGAUCUGGUAUUUUUUUAUACAUGGGUCAAGAGUUUUAUAUUGAUUCAUUGGAUUUAAAGUAGCCUUAUACUUUGUUUUUAAACUAUGAGGUAAAACAUCCACUUAUA